GGGCGAUGUUUUUUUAUUCUAAAAUCAACAAAACAUACCUGACUACGCUGGCGCAAUGAUAGCUACGAAAUUUGGAGGAGUUCUGAAAUCAUUUGGCGCAGUCGUCAAACCAUAUAGAUUGCUUUCCACCUACUCUCAAAAGGAUGGAGUGGGCACUAUUUUAUUGGACAACGAAAAGACACGCAAUUCGCUCUCCAUGGAGAUGAUGAACAGUGUUUUGAAAAACAUUGUAGAAAAUCAGAAACAUGUUGAGUUGCGCUGCAUUGUACUAGCAGCUAAAGGACAUGUCUUUUCUGCUGGUCACAACUUGAAAGAGCUUACGGCAGAGCACGGUGCGGAUCAGCACAAGCAGGUAUUUCAUAAAUGUUCCGAAUUGAUCGAUGCCAUCCGAUCUGCACCCAUUCCAAUCAUUGCUAAAGUGGACGGGCUGGCAGCUGCAGCAGGAUGUCAGCUGGUAGCGUCUUGUGAUAUGGCUAUCUGUAGCGACAACAGUACCUUCUCCACCCCCGGGGCCAGCUUUGGAAUAUUCUGCUCGACGCCAGGGAUUGCUGUCGUGCGUGCUGUUCCACGAAUGAAGGCAGCCUACAUGCUCUUUACCGGACUUCCCAUUAGUGCUGCGGAGGCAUUAGAGGCCGGUCUUGUGAGCAAAGUUGUCCCGAAAGACAGUCUAGAUGAGGAACUCGAUAAAAUUUGCAAAGCAAUCGCAUCGAAAAGCCGCUCAGUGAUUGCAUUAGGGAAGAAGUUUUUCUAUGAACAAAUGGCAAUGGAUGUUCCUACGGCUUAUGCUCGAGGAGAGCAAAUUAUGGUGGAUAAUUUAGCUACGAUCGACGGACGGGAAGGCAUUAAGAGUUUUGUUGAGAAGCGAAAACCAUUGUGGAAACAUACGGACUGAAUAUUUCAGUACGCAUUUCAAAAACUAUUGCAAAAAUAAGGCUUGAAAGUAUAUAAUAUUGAAUUUCAAAAUAAUGAUUUCUGCCAUAUUUUAA